CCAGUCGAUAUGAUGCCGGUGUUCAAGUAAAGCUGGUGGCUCUUCGGUUCUGCGACUGCUUUGAACAGCGUCAACCAUGCAGGACUGCGAGACCGGCCUGUGCCUCUCGGUCUACAUCAUCACCUUUAUCACAGGCUUCCCCUGCAACAUCCUGGCAUUUUACACCUUCUGCUGCAAGGUGUGGAAGAAGCCGGUUCCCAUCGACAUCCUCCUGCUCAACCUCACCAUCUCAGACCUGCUGUUCCUCAUCUUCCUGCCCUUCAAGAUGCAGGAAGUAGCCAACGGCAUGGUCUGGAACAUGCCCUACUUCCUGUGCCCGCUGUCCGGGUUCAUAUUCUACAUGACCAUCUACAACAGCACCUUCUUCUUGACGGCGGUUGGCGUGGAACGCUACCUGGGCGUGGCGUUCCCCAUCCAACACUCUCUGAGGCGGAGACCCGUCUACGCCGUGGUGGCCAGCAUCUUCCUGUGGAUGCUUUCCAUCCUUCACCUCAGCAUCGUCUACAUCAUGCCCUACUACAACCCUACGGGGACGGGCUCGCCGCCGCGGAACGUGUGUUACGAGGAGUUCACCGAUGCCCAGCUGCAGGUUCUUCUACCAGUUCGGUUGGAGCUUUGCGUAGUCCUCUUCUUCAUCCCUCUGGUCAUUUGCGCCUUUUGCUACAUCAGCUUCAUCUGCAUCCUCAUGCGGCUGCCCAACAUUGGGCGACGGCGCCGUCUUCGCGCCAUUGGCUUGGCGCUGGGAACGCUGCUGGUGUUCGCACUCUGCUUCGGACCUUACAACAUCUCUCACAUUGUGGGAUUCAUCACCAAGAAGAGUCCAGGCUGGAGGGACAAGGCUCUGCUGCUGAGCACCUUCAACGCCUGCCUAGACCCUCUGAUCUUCUACUUAUCAUCGGCCGCAGUGCGUAGCAACCUGUCGACGGUAGGAAGCGCCAUCCUCAGUCGAUUGAAACAGUGGAACUGCGCUGGGAUAUGCUGGACUCUCGGGAAGGGACCAUUUGUGAUGGGAAAAAGCCCGUUACCCAAACCUCCAGAGCUUAAUGCACUCUGACAAAAAGCUAGCAUG